AUGCGCCCGCCGCCCGAUUGCCGACCCUCAGUAGGAGCUUCGGCUCCCAAAGGCACGUGUCGUUGGCUAAGUCCGUUCGGCGGAAGCGCCGUUCGGACCGCCUUGAAUUAUAAUUACCACCGAGCGGCGGGUAGAAUCCUUUGCAGACGACUUAAAUACGCGACGGGGUAUUGUAAGUGGCAGAGUGGCCUUGUCGCCACGAUCCACU